AUGGUUGAUACAGUAUCAAAGCGAGUGAAUAUUCAGCUUAUCUCUGGCAUAGAUUCACGUAAUAGUGAACCUUCAUGCAGUGAAGCAUUCGUCAUAUCAUCACCUACAGUUUCGGUUGAUUUGCAGAACGAACCAUUGUCACCAGUGUCUGAACGCUAUCGCCUUAAAAAAUUUCACCUGCAACAGAAAUAUGAAUAUAUUUAUAUGUCCAACAAUCGGUUGCGGAAUCGUUUAUAUCAUAUCAAAAAAGAAAUCAAUCAUUUAAAGCGCCUGAAAAGAGUACUUUGUCAGCGAUUGUUCACAUUUCGUGAUCCGUUUAUGGAUUCAUGCCUCGAAAUUCCGGAUAAUGAUCCGAUAUCUCCAACAACAGAGAAGAUUUCAAACGAUGCAAUGGGGAAACCAUCUGGUAGUUCCAAAAAAAAGAAGGCUGCAGAAGUUAAAAGAGUUAAUCAGAGAUCUAUACGAAAAACGGAAGUGCAAUGUUUUCGAAAACCGAAGGAAGAUGGAGAAGUGGGCUUUGUCACUACAGAAGUUGAUACUGCCAUAUUUCCAUUUGCUCAGAAAUCAAAAUUGCAAGUAAAUGAAGUGUCAUCAAUGGUAGAAAUAGCGAAAAAUAGUGUCAUAUCAAUAAUAGACUCGGUGAUUACUGAAUCUCAUGAAGAACGUGUGCGUGCCAACCAGAACUCUACUGGUCAAAAAACUCGGCAAUCUCCCACUGUUCCAGUUCUAGGCGAAACAGUGCGAAAUGAAGCAGAGAUCGGAGAGGUCUCUGAAGAUGGUGAACCAGUUACUGAAAGGAUGUUGCGCGCUUCAUCUGUAGAUCAUUUGUUACCUAUUGAUCCAGAUUCCGAUCCUAAUAAUGUUCUUACUGGAUUUGGUGAAAAUUUGGAAGAAAAUUUUAUGGCCGAAGACUAG